GAUAACAAUAACCCGGUCUUGCUGACGCUCUAGGCUCUGAGUACUUAGCCUUCAUAACACGGUCACCUUUCUCCAACGACACUCAACACACUACACACCCGUCCGUCUCCUGUUUCACUGACAACUGAUCCUGGCCGACAUGUGCUGUUUAUAACACAUUGAACAUUUUUUUUUUACAUAAGUGUGUAGUAGAUCUGGUGGUCUGGUUAGUACCUGUAUUAUAAUUCUCUUGUUUACCUUAUGUCGCGACGACUAUAUUUACCAUCAUUUUCGUUCCGUUCAUCCAAUGAAAAGAAGCACGUUUUUCUUUUUUUAAAAUAAUGCCACCGGAAGCUUGUUGACAUGUGUUCAAGAAUACGCAGUCUUUAUACCUCUGACAUUCAGUGCGAAACUAAAGAUAAGAUUUUUUUUUGUAAAUGUAUACUUUAUUAUAAAAUAUAAAUACGUAAAAAGUAUGUAUUAUAAAAUUAAUUAGGGUUUUUAAUAAAUUGAAAGAUAUACGCCAAUGAGCGGCUCCUUUAUGUCAUCACAUCCUACACAGGGGUGUCUUCAGGAUUCGUUUUAUCCUAAUGUCUAAUACGCUCUCUCUCUCUCUCUCUCUCUCUCUCUCUCUCUCUCUCUCUCUCUCUCCCUCUCCCUCUCUCUCUCCCCCCCCUCUCUCUCUCUCUCUCUCUCUCUCUCUCUCAGCCAAGAGACAUGUGGUUCGGAUUGUGCAUUCUAAUGAUGUUACCCGCCUUGUUAACGUGGGGCGAGGCGACGCCCCUGGACGAUUACGUCAGCAGACCGGACAACAACUACGGCUUCGGGUUCAUAACGUCCAUCAAGGGACCUAGCUACGCCGUCUACAUCCUGAACAUGACGUCACAGAAAUGGCUAACGGGUGAGUAGGGCAAGGCAUCGGUAAAUGUCCAAGCCGCAGUGGCUUCAUGCUUUCUACGGGAUAUCUGUAAGGCGUGGGUUCGAACCCCAAAUGCACUCUUUCUAUUCGUCUAGGGAUAGAGUAUUGGUGUCUCUUGAUAAUGAUAAGGGUAUUAUUAAUCAUGCCAUUGAUAGCUGUGUUGAUUGCCUUGAUGGAAGCCACACACCCGGCGCUCUCGACAGCACACGUUGGAUGAUUUCCAUCUGUGUGCUCCCCAUUUUCGUGGGACUCAAACAUUUAUUAGUCUUGUAACUAUCUAGUUGUACAUUUUUUUUUACUCUUCUAGACUUCUAUACAUUAUCCUUUCACGUUAACGAACUUUAAUAAUUGUGUUUAUUCCAUGCAGUGGCGUAAGUAGGGUUAGUGCCGCCCUGGGUGCGAUUAGCAUUUUGUCGCCUCCCCAACUUCCACAAAAAAAAAAUAAAUAAAAAAACCCAAACAAACGCAGUGGCGUGCCCAUUCAUAUAAGGACGGACCCCCCCCCCUUUUUUUACGCCACUGAUUCCAUGUUUUUCCCCCCUAUAUUAGAGGACAUCACGACCAAACCCAUNUUUUGUCGCCUCCCCAACUUCCACAAAAAAAAAAUAAAUAAAAAAACCCAAACAAACGCAGUGGCGUGCCCAUUCAUAUAAGGACGGACCCCCCCCCCCUUUUUUUACGCCACUGAUUCCAUGUUUUUCCCCCCUAUAUUAGAGGACAUCACGACCAAACCCAUCUGGUGGCACUACGUCAGCGUCAUGAUCCCCAACAAGCUGGUCUACACGGACACGGCCUUCCUGUUUAUUGACGGCGGUGACAACACGGACCGGUGAGUACUUGGGGUAUUAGAUGGUACGGACCGGUGAGUGCUUGGGAUAUUAGAUGGUACGGACCGGUGAGUGCUUGGGAUAUUAGAUGGUAUGGGCCGGUGAGUACUUGGGAUAUUAGAUGGUACGGGCCGGUGAGUACUUGUCGUAUUAGAUGGUACGGACCGGUGAGUACUUGGGAUAUUAGAUGGUACGGACUGGUGAGUACUUGGGAUAUUAGAUGGUACGGACUGGUGAGUACUUGGGAUAUUAGAUGGUACGGACCGGUGAGUGCUUGGGAUAUUAGAUAGUACGGACCAGUGAGAAGUUUGGGAUAUUACAUGGUAUGGUACAGACCGGUGAGUACUUAUGAUAUUAGAUGGUACGGGAAGGAGAGCUCCUUGACUUUAUGGUACUCGGUCUUGAAUGUUGAUCUCGCAAAUAGUUGUGUAAAUAUGUAAUUUAAAAAAAAUUCUCAUAAAGCUUCUCAUUUGUCAUAAUCAUUUAUUUUUUUUAAUAUGAAUUUAAGACUGCCAAGCAUGAAGGAUGACAGCAUCAAUGGGUUCACCUCACUCGCAGAAAGCACUGGCGCCAUCUGUGCAGUGAUCAACCAGAUUCCCAACCAACCAACGGUGUUUGUGGUGAGUCUCUGGUGAGUCUGUCUCUGGUGAGUCUGUCUCUGGUGAGUCUGACUCUGGUGAGUCUGUCUCUGGUGAGUCUGUCUCUGGUGAGUCUGACUCUGGUGAGUCUGUCUCUGGCGAGUCUGUCUCUGGCGAGUCUGUCUCUGGUGAGUCUUCUCUGGUGAGUCUGUCUCUGGUAAGUCUGUCUCUGGUGAGUCUGUCUUUGGCGAGUCUUUCUCUGCUGAGUCUGUCUCUGGCGAGUCUGUCUCUGGUGAGUCUGGCUCUGGUGAGUCUGUCUCUGGUGAGUCUGUCUCUGGUGAGUCUGUCUCUGGUGAGUCUGUCUCUCGUGAGUCUGUCUCUGGCGAGUCUGUCAUCUGUCUCUGGUGAGUCUGGCUCUGGUGAGUCUGUCUCUGGUGAGUCUGUCUCUGGUGAGUCUGACUCUGGUGAGUCUGUCUCUGGCGAGUCUGUCUCUGGCGAGUCUGUCUCUGGCGAGUCUGUCUCUGGUGAGUCUGUCUCUGGUGAGUCUGUCGCGAGUGUGAGCCGGGCUUGCAGUGAGUCUGAGAUCAGUCUAAAGGGCGCUGUGGUUUUUUUCACCUGUACAAGUAAGUGCUACAGCUGAACACCCCAAACCCCCACACCCCACCCCAACAAAAAAUAAAUCUAAGACUUUUAUCAUUCAUUAAUUAUUUUGCUCAUGUAUAUAAAAUCAAUUCAACUUGCUAUUGAUAUUCGUGUAAAUAAAAUCAAUUCAACUUGCUAUUUAUCCUCAUGUAAAUAAAAUCAAUUCAGCUUGCUAUUUAUUCCCAUGUAAAUAAAAUCAAUUCAGCUUGCAAUUUUUCCCAAUGUAAAUAGAAUCAACUAAACUUGCUAUAUAGCCUCAUGUAAAUAAAAUCAAUUCAACUUGCUAUAUAUCAUCAUGUAAAUAAAAUCAACUCAACUUGCUAUAUAUCCUCAUGUAAAUAAAAUCAAUUUUAACUUGCAAUACAUUCCUCUAACAACUUUCCUUUUUCGCAUAAAAUCAAUGAUCACUCCCUCCCCCCCCCCCCCCCCCCCCCCCCAGGCAGAUCCCAAACGCACAGAGCGCUACGAGGACAGCAUCAUCGCCUGGACGUGGAAACAGUUCCUGGACAACGGAUCAAACCCAGAAAUAUUACUACGCCUACCAAUGACCAAGGUAAACGGGGCCUCCAAUAAAAACAAUUCACUUCACAAAAAUGGUUUAAAGUAUUCUCUGUUAUACGGUUUAAGGACUUGAGGCGUUUUUUCAGAUUUCUAUGGUUAUCGUAGAUACAAGUAUUCAAUCAAUCAAUCAAUCAAUCCAACUGUUCUUUAUAUCUUACAGGCUGUGGUGCGUGGGAUGGACACCAUUUCAACUUUUUCCAAAACAAUUACCGGAAACACAAUCAGCAAGUUCGUCAUAGGCGGAGAAUCAAAAGUAAAAAAAAGAUCGAUGUAUUGAAUUAUUUCUAUGCACCAUACAAUCAGUCACAUAUCUUCAUUAUUUCACGUAUUGUAACACAGACCAUUGUCUCAAACCUUCCUAUCCAUCUUGAUCUGUUUGCUUAAAUCCUACCAAUGUCAGUUUUUUUUUUUUUUCAUUUACUUCCUUUUAUUUAUAUGACAUUGUUCAUAAAUCGAUCCUGAAUUUUAUAGAUAUCCAUACUUUUUACCUUUUUUACGCUAGGUUUUGGUAAGUAACAUGAAGGCAGUGGCGUAAGAAAGGGUGUGCAGGGGGGGGUGGAACUUUUUUUCUUUAUAUUGAGGGCGGGCUUUCACGGGGAGUUUGACUCGCGAAACGGGGGAGGGGGUUGGCAAAAGCUUGGCCCACUCCGGGUGGCACUUACCCUAGCUCCGCCUCUGUAUGUAGGGAUCUGCAACCCUUGCUCUGUUUUAUCGCUAACUUAUAAUUUAAAUUACAAAGAAUAACAUGUUGGAGACUCUUGCCUUGUUACAUAAUUUUCCUAACUUUUCCAAUAGUAAAUGUGUAGGGUUGAUAAUUUUACUCUGCUUGCAGCGCGGCUGGACCACAUGGACAACAGCAGCAGUGGACAAACGUGUGGUUGGGAUGGUGCCAACUGUCAUGGACCUACUCAACACAAAGCAGGUUAAAAAAUCAACAUAAUCUCCUACAUACUACAUACAUUUUUUUAAAGUCCAUGGUCUACCUUAUAAAGUUCCCCCUGCAUAACUUCUCAGAGCCCUUCUAUUUUGAUAAAAUAAUUUUAUUACAUACAGGCAAUCUUUCCUUUGAAGCCACAGAACGUACCCCUCGAACUAACUAAUUUUGCCACUGCCAGUGCAUAACCAGGACUGAAAUCUCAGUGUAGCUUUAUAAAGAAAUCUCUUCCAUGUCCAUACAAUGAUACCGUUCGAUUUAUUUACACAUUAGUGCUCUGCUCUGCCGGGCCCCCCAUUACGAGGACGCCAUUCCUAAUAAAUAUUCAUACAAGUUUUACUCUUCCAUUUCAUUACGCACAGUUUUCUGCUCAGCUUACCCCUACCUCUAACACCAUUCCCGAUACCUGUCCGUCACAUCCAUUUCCUGUGAUCCAUUAUGUUCUAACUUGUUCCUUGUAUGGGGGGUAAAAUUACUCUAUUUCCCUAGAAUCUUCACCACCACUUCCGCUCCCUUGGCGGCUGGACUUUUGCAUUCGAGGAUUACUACAACAUGAACAUCACCUACCAGCUGGACAGCCCGAACAUGCCCUGGUUGCAAGCGGUCAUUGACCCCUUGAGUACGUAGACUUAACUUCUGGACUUGUAUUUAGACAUAGUUUUUAGUUUGAUUUUUUUUAAAAUUCUGUAACCAAGGGCACCAAGGGCACCAAGGCAAAGUCAUCCUACUACAACCAGAUCAACGCGAGGCACUGUUGGUUCAAGACCGCCUCGCAGCUCUCUCAAUGCGGUGUAGUCCCGUUCAAUACGGUGUAGUCCCGUUCAAUGCGGUGUAGUCCCGUUCAAUGCAGUGUAGUCCCGUUCAAUGCGGUGUAGUCCCGUUCAAUGCGGUGUAGUCCCGUUCAAUGCAGUGUAGUCCCGUUCAAUGCGGUGUAGUCCCGUUCAAUGCGGUGUAGUCCUGUUCAAUGCGGUGUAGUCCCGUUCAAUGUAGUUCAUCUGUAUAAGUAAAGCUUUGUGUGUGUGUUAUUUAAAGCAUUUAUUGUAGCCCGUAGCUAUCACCCGGGGCAUGGAUUUCAAAUGUCCAACAUGACACAAAGGCGUGGAUAAAUAAGUCGCACUAUGAACUGUGCAGCGGUUGCUAUGUUCUUUGCAUCUGUGGCGGUUUGUAGACUCUUAAAUAAAUGAUGUCCAAACGUAUGUAACAUAUAGGAUUCAAGAAUAGCCUUGUCUUGUAGCAUAAUCUUUCUGACGUCACAACCCUGUACUCGUUCGAAUACGAUUUUUUAAAAAAAAUAAUUGAAACGGAUAUUUAGGUGCUGGCAAUUUGCGAUUACGAUACUUACAUUUAGUUUGUGAUUGUAACAGGAUUCUCUAACAUCUUUUUUUACCCCACUAUUCACACACACACACACAAUCACUCACACGCACCCAUUCAUAUACACACACACACACUUUCUCACUCACUCACACACACACACACACUUUCUCACUCACACACACACACACACAUCUUUUCACUCAAUCAUUCACACACACAUACUCACUCACUCACACUCACGCAUUCACACGCACACAAUUACACUCGCACAUUCACUCUCUCUCUCUCUCUCUCUCUCUCUCUCACACACACACACAUUAGCUUACUUCAUGCGGUACACGAUGCCCAAGCUGAUAGUGACCACAUCCGGUGACGAGUUCUUUCUCCCUGACGACUCCCACUAUUACUACGACAAGUUACCGGAGCCGAAAUAUUUAAGGUCAGUAUAUGGUAUAUAAACGAUGUCCUGCCUCUCGUAUCUCUUCUCUUAUAUAUAUAUAUAAAUAUUGCUUCUGGUGUGUCCUGCUUCCUCUUCACAACUGGCCCCUACCCAACUCCACAUGUUUUAUAUUAAUAGUACUGAGUCCACACACCCACACAAACUGUCACGUAGCGAGCUUGUAUGCGUGACGUCUGAACUCCGUUCAGAUUGAUUUAUUCUUUGAAGGUUAGGUCGAUGGGUGCGUGUUUUGGUGUGGAGAUUAACUGUGCAGCUGUUUGCUAUGUGCUUUGUAUUUGUGACGUAAUUGGGGGUGGGAGUUGAAGUUCUUCUUUUUUUUUUAUGGGAUUUACUAAGCAAGUGAGGCGUAGAAAGAUGGUGGAGGGAAGAAGGCACUCUGUUGUUAAGUAAAGAGCCAUAUGUCAAAUAGCUCAUUUUUUAAAAAAUAUUUACCCCUAGACUUAACGAAGCUAUUGAACUUCUUAUCCAAUUAGUAGUUCGUAAGAUUUGAAUGGAAAAUUACCAAUACCAAAUACAGAUAAUAUAUAAAAUACAUAUAUUGCAAGAGUAAGUUAACUCAUCUCACUUUACAUUCCACUUGUAAUAACUUAGAUGUACUCAGUUUAUACGAGAGUUGUUUUUUUUUUUUUUUAUUUUUUUUUUUUUUUUUUUUUUUUUUUUUUUUUUUUUUUUUUUUUUUUUUUUUUUUUUUUAUUUUUUUUUUUUUUUUUUUUUUAAUUUGAAAUGGUUUUUUUUUUUUUUUUUUUUUUGGCUCGACAGAGUUAUCCCCGACGCCGAGCACUCGCUCACGGGACAUCAGCUGAGUUAUCUCCUCACGAUCAAGGGAUUCUUCUUGAACAUUUUAGAGAACGCCGCCUUCCCCAACGUGACGUGGGUGCGAACCGCGGACGCCUUCAGCGGGCAGAUCGUGGUGACCACAUCUCGACCACCGCGAAACGUGACGGUGUACCACGCCAGGACUUUGGAUGACGGCAGGUAGCUGCAAUGUCUCGUCACAUCUUUUUACGAAAUUCUCUGGGUCUUUUAGAUAUAGUUUUGUUCUUUGCAUGUCCGAAAUAGAAGAAAAAACAAUGAUCAUGAUUGACUUUUUAAAAAUAUUCAUGUAUACAAAUGUAAACAUUUUUUUAAAAAAUCACAUCAUAAUAUUUUUCGAAACAAACUUCUUCAAAAUCUUUGGCAGUUCUUGUUAAAAGAUUUAAUUUGUCCUACUCUCUAAACAAAAGUUUGUUGUUGUUUUUUUUGGAGGCGAGACUUCCGUUUGGCAGUGAUGGACCCAACCACCAAACGACCACUUCCACAUCCGGUUCUAUGGGAGAGCAGCGCGGCAAAACAAAACAGUCCCACACAGUUUCAAGCAAAUUUUGAGCGUCCUUUGAAAGGCUGGACUGCUUUCUACAUUCAGGUUGAGAGAAUCUUUGUGGGCUAAUUAUGCUUGAUGUUUUCUCAAACAUAUUCCAAAGGUCUUAUCUAACUAACACAAUAUAUUUAUCAGGUUUCAUUUAUUAUUUUUUGUAAAAAAAUGGUCUGAUGAAAGCACCACAUGAGAUAACAAUUUUUAAUUGCUUUUCGUUUUCUUUCCCAUAGCACUCUCUUACAGCACUCUCACAUAGCACUCGCACAUAGCACUCUCACAAAAACUCUCACAUAGCACUCUCACAAACACUCACCAACACUCUAACAUAGUACUCGCACAUAGCACUCGCACAUAGCACUCUUAAAAACAAUCUCAUAUAGCACUCUCGCAAACACUCACACACAGCACUCUCACAUUGCACUCUCAGAAAUACUCUCACAAACAUUCUCACAUAUCCCUCUCACAAAACUCGCACAUAGCACUCGCACAGAGCACUCGCACAUAGCACUCGCGCAUAGCAGUCUCUCGUAGCCCUCUCUGAUAUCACUCUCACCUAGUACUCUCUCAUAGUACUCUCUCAUAUCACUUUCUCAAAGCGCUCUCGCGUGAGAGGGUUUCCCUAUUAAAUCCUUGCUACUCUCUAACCACGACCUGACUCCUAAAGAAAUCACCGACUCCUAAACUUGCGGCUUUGCUUUCACCAACCCAAAAAUAAAAUAAUUUUUAUAUAAAUAUAUCUAUUUUUAAAAAUAAUGUAUAGGUUUGAGUUUAUCUAGUUUGUACACCCAGGCAGUCCACAUCGGACACUACGACUCUGUGUUAACCAAACCGGUGUGCUGCCGACAUUUUGAAAGAAAUAUACAUCUAAAUCAGGUCUGCACAACUCAAAAUAUAACGCGGGCCGUAAUACUUUAUGAAAAACUUGGGCGGCCGUAAUACUUUAUGAAAAACUUGGGGCGGGCCGUAAUACUUUAUGAAAAACUUGGGCGGCCGUAAUACUUUAUGAAAAGCUUGUGCGGGCCUCGCAGGCCGCCAAGUGGGUGCUGGUGGGCCACAUGCGACCCGCAGGCCGUCUGUUGUGCAGCUAAUUAAUCAGGCGCAGCAGGGUUUUGAAUUAUUUUUUUAUUAUUAAUUUUUUCUUCCUACCGUCAUCGCAAUUUUAAAAUUAUUUUUUUUAAAUUAUUUUAUUUCACUAGCUGGUAAUGUAAUUUUUUUUUGUUAUUUCCCCGCUGCAGCUGGAAUUUGACGGCGUCAAAGGGUCAACUUUACAGUUCACCACGGAGGUCAACAUUGUCCCCGACACCUUUCCCUUCCCUGACUGUGUCGGGCAAUCAUGUAAGGGAACCUUGGUGUGAUAAAAGCGCAGGAUGGCCCAUCGCUUAUAAUCACAGGCACGACCUUGCUUAUUCAAGCACACAUGAGUUGUGAACUCAAUGAACACGUGAAGGAAGUCAUUGGAAUUGAUUAUAUUUUUUUUAUCAAAUAAAAAAAAAAUAAAAAAACUACUAAAACAAGGUCAUCUUUGAACUCG